AUGACUUACGAUGAGUUGGAAGGCUAUUUGGACUUUGGGCAUCCGUAUCACCCUUGUUAUAAAUCAAGACUGGGUUUUAGCUUAGAAGAUAAUGACCGUUUUGGUCCAGAAUUUGCCCAUCCGAUACAACUGGUGUGGCUAGCGGUUAAUACAGAGCUAUUGGUCACUAACACCACGCAAGAGUUUGGUUAUGCCAGUUGGUGUCGCCAAUAUCUUGGUGAUGAGAUUUAUGAGCAGUUGUGUGAACGGCUAUCGCAAUAUGAAUUAGCUGUUGAGCAUUUUGCGUUCGUCCCUGUUCAUCCUUGGCAGUGGCAAGCAACAUUAAUAGAGGCAUUGACACCCCUAAUGCAAACGCAUCAAGUGGUCUAUCUUGGUGAAGUUGGCAUGGAGUAUUAUGCCCAGCAGUCGAUUCGUACCUUAGUUUAUCACCCUACUGAUAAUAAAAAACACGCCCUAUCGCCAUCACCUUAUCUCAAACUGGCAAUGCACUUGGUGAAUACAUCAAGUACCCGUAUUUUGGCAAAACAUACAGUAUUAAAUAGUGCAACCAUCACACAUUGGCUAAAAACAUUGGUGGCGAACGACAAGCAAGCCGUAGAUUUGCAAGUGAAUUUCUUGGGUGAAGUCAUGGGGGUGAGCCUAAACCACGAACGCUUACAACAACAAGGCUAUCAUCACCCUGCAAUCUAUGGCGGUUUGGCAAGUAUAUGGCGUGAAAAUGUUCAUCAGUAUUUAGGGCAAGGGCAGUCAGCAUUCCCGCUCAAUGGUAUUAGCUAUAUUCAGCCAAAUGGCAAACCUUUGAUUGAUAGUUGGUUGCAACGUUAUGACAUGGCAGAUUGGGUGGGUCAACUGAUUGACGUGACGGUUACACCGAUUAUCUAUAUGCUAUUUGCCCAAGGCAUUGCAUUGGAGUGCCAUGCCCAAAAUAUCGUUUUGGUGCAUGAUGAUGGCUAUCCCAUCAAGGUGUUACUGAAAGAUUUGCAUGAUGGCAUUCGCUUUUGCCCUGAUAAGCUGACUCACCCUAAUACCAAACCUAUCUUAGAGCAACUACCACAGGCACAUGCAAGGCUUAAUCGUGGCUCAUUUAUCGAAACAGCAGACGAUACCGCAGGUAUUCGUGAUAUGACGGUUGCUUGUCUGUUUUUUGUGGCAUUUGCUGAUAUUGCUAUUUUUUUACAGACCCAUUAUCACUAUUCAGAAGCCGUAUUUUGGCAACAAGUGGCUGAUAGUAUUUAUGCCUUUGCACAACGCUAUCCCGAACAUCAAUCUCGCUAUCAGUGCUUUGACUUGUUUGCUGAAAAAACCAGAAUUGAAUCACUGGCAAAACGUCGAUUAUUUGGUGACCGUGAUUUUCCAAUCAAAUGGCUAGACAAUCCAUUGUCUCAGUUUAAAUUGAAGCAGGGGUAA